AUGGAUGAUGAGGAGGCAGAUUUGCGUGAACAAAUAUUUCACAACAAUGUUAGGGAGCAAAUCAUAUUCCUCCUUCUAUUCAUUUUGUUGUACCUUUUCUCGUUCAUGUUAAUCGAGAAAUUUAGGCGACGAGACAGUGAAGAUUACUUUACAGCAGAUGAAGAUGAGGUCAAGGUUUACCGAAUCAGCUUGUGGCUCUGUACCUUUGCAUUAGCUGUAUCAUUGGGAUCAGCACUCCUGCUGCCAGUCUCAAUAGUCAGCAAUGAAGUGCUCAUUUUGUAUCCAAAUAGUUAUUAUGUUAAAUGGCUAAAUAGCUCACUAAUACAGGGUUUAUGGAACCAUGUGUUUCUCUUUUCAAAUCUGUCAUUGUUUGUGUUCCUUCCAUUUGCCUACUUAUUUUCUGAAUCUACUGGAUUUCCUGGAUGUCGUGGUUUAAGAGGCAGAGUAUAUGAGACAUUUAUAGUCUUGUUCCUUCUUGGGAUUGGUAUGCUUGGACUAGCAUAUGUAAUCUCUGCCUGGUUAAAAGGUGAUCGAUCCGGAAUAGAUGCAUUACUCAAUUUAUGGACAUACCUUCCGUUCUUGUAUUCCUGUGUGUCAUUCGUCGGCGUAUUGAUGUUGUUAGGUGAGUGUUUACAAAAAUUAUAUAAUUAA